CGCUCGGAGUGCACGGACGCGCCGCGGGCGGCUGGGGCUCGGGUUUGCUCCCGCCGCAGCAGCCGCGCCGCCCGCCCCGCUCCGCCUCGAUUCCGACCUCAGCCCCCUCUGCGCCGCCCGCCUGGGCUCCAGCCCCAGCCCCGCGGACCAUGCUCCGGGCGCCCCCCGGGAGACCCGACUGGGCGAAGAGCUGGCAAAGACCCGGCUCCCGAGCCCCACCCGGCCGCCCAUCGUCCGGCCCGCGCCCUGCCCCACGUCCCGGCGCCCUGUGAGCCUGCGGGGCCAUGGAGCGCGCGCCGCCCGACGGGCUGCUAAACGCGUCGGGGGCGCUGGCCGGCGAGGCGGCGGCGGCAGGCGGGGCGCGCGGCUUCUCGGCAGCCUGGACCGCGGUCCUGGCCGCGCUCAUGGCGCUGCUGAUCGUGGCCACGGUGCUGGGCAACGCGCUGGUCAUGCUCGCCUUCGUGGCGGAUUCGAGUCUCCGCACCCAGAACAACUUCUUUCUGCUCAACCUCGCCAUCUCCGACUUCCUCGUGGGUGCCUUCUGCAUCCCACUCUAUGUCCCUUACGUGCUGACUGGUCGCUGGACCUUUGGCCGGGGCCUCUGCAAACUGUGGCUGGUGGUGGACUACCUGCUGUGUGCCUCCUCCGUCUUCAACAUCGUGCUGAUCAGUUACGACCGAUUCCUGUCAGUCACUCGAGCAGUCUCAUACCGGGCCCAACAGGGUGACACAGGACGGGCAGUACGGAAGAUGGCACUAGUGUGGGUGCUGGCAUUCCUGCUCUAUGGACCUGCCAUCCUGAGCUGGGAGUACCUGUCUGGUGGCAGCUCCAUCCCUGAGGGCCACUGCUACGCUGAGUUCUUCUACAACUGGUACUUCCUCAUCACGGCCUCCACACUUGAGUUCUUCACGCCCUUCCUCAGUGUCACCUUCUUCAACCUCAGCAUCUACCUGAACAUCCAGAGGCGCACCCGCCUCCGGCUUGAUGGGGCCCGAGAGGCUGGUCCUGAGCCCCCCCCUGAGGCCCAGCCCUCACCACCCCCAGCUCCUCCAAGCUGCUGGGGCUGCUGGCCAAAGGGGCAUGGGGAAGCCAUGCCACUGCACAGGUAUGGGGUGGGUGAGACAGGCCCUGGCGUUGAGGCCGGGGAGGCGGCCCUUGGGGUUGGUAGUGGUGGGGGCGCUGCUGCCUCGCCCACCUCCAGCUCUGGCAGCUCCUCAAGGGGCACUGAGAGGCCACGCUCACUCAAAAGGGGCUCCAAGCCAUCAGCAUCUUCGGCGUCACUGGAGAAACGCAUGAAGAUGGUAUCCCAGAGCAUUACCCAGCGUUUCCGGCUGUCACGGGACAAGAAGGUGGCCAAGUCGCUGGCCAUCAUCGUGAGCAUCUUUGGGCUCUGCUGGGCCCCGUACACACUCCUAAUGAUCAUCCGAGCUGCCUGCCAUGGCCACUGCGUCCCCGACUACUGGUACGAGACGUCCUUCUGGCUUCUGUGGGCCAACUCGGCCGUCAACCCUGUCCUCUACCCGCUGUGUCACUACAGCUUCCGCAGAGCAUUCACCAAGCUACUCUGCCCCCAGAAGCUCAAGGUCCAGCCCCAUGGCUCCCUGGAGCAGUGCUGGAAGUGAGCAGCUGUCCUGCCCUCCUGUGGCCAUGCCCCUACACCUGUUUCUUGGGCAGCCUCCAAGUGUGGGCCUUGCCUUGUCCGUGGCCCACUCUAAAUGCCACGGCAACUUCUUAGAUCAUCUGCCCUGCAGUGGGGCAUCCCAGUGGGCUGGCCAGGGGCCCUCACUGGUAAAACCGGAAUGUGUUGGCUGGCCCUGACACCACAUCCUCUUUCUCCCCAGAAGAGACAAUCCAGAGGGUCCCAGGCAUGCGCUCCACUCCCCCACAGACAGUGCAGUGGCCAGUGAUGUCCCCUUUAGCACAUUUAGUGGUUGGUGUUCUCCCCAGGGCAGACCUCGGUGUGUGCUCCAGGCUCCUGCCCCAGCAGUGUGCCCUGCAUGUGCACACAUCUGCGCACACCCUUCACACACUGCGUACCUUCCCUCUCCCCAGACAGCCUGGGAUGCUGCCCUUGCGGCCUCUGUCUCUUGCUUAAGCCCAGAUCCUGGCUCCUUCAUCCUUCUCUCCAACUCUUUGCCCCUCAAAGUGUCAAGUGCCCCAGGAACUUCGAAGCUGUUCUCUGCUUUUCCAUUCUGGAUGUUUUCAGGAAGAUGAAGAAGAAGAAAACACGUCUGUGAACUUGAUGUUCCUUGGAUGUUUAAUCAAGAGAGACAAAAUUGCCGAGGAGCUCGGGGCUGGAUUGGCAGGUGUGGGCUCCCACGCCCUCCUCCCUCCGUGCUGCAGCUUCCGGCUGAGCUGCACCAGCUGCUUCUGCCUGCCCCGCCCCCGGGCUCGAGACAUGGCCCUACUGGCAGUGACACCUGCUCCGCUGGCCAAAGCCUGCCCUGCUUGCCCCAUCUUGCAUCAGAAUUUCUUGGGGGCUGUUGGGUAGGAGAGGUCUUAACUGUGCCCUGGGGGUCCUGAAGCUUGCAGGGCAGUCAGCAGGAGCGCAAAGGUGGGGGGACACCUGGGAGAGUCGCUUUGCCUUGUCCUGUGUACCCGCCGCAGGCCUCUGCAUGCUCUGCUGUCUGUGUGCCCCCUGUGCUGCUUCUGCCAAAGUAAAGACUCAAUAAAGUGUAUUUUUUUAUGGG